UCUCCUGACUUCAGCCUUCAUAUAUCAAACUUGUUUCUCUUCGUACCAAUCCAGAAAAUAAGAAAAGAAAAACACAAAUUAAAUAAAAAAAAAAAGAAAAAGUCAAAGAAAUCGCCAUGGAUGCCAUCGAUUCAGUCGUAGAUCCUCUAAGAGACUUUGCCAAGGACAGCAUUCGCCUCGUUAAGCGUUGCCACAAACCAGAUCGCAAAGAAUUCACGAAAGUGGCGGUCCGUACAGCUAUUGGGUUUGUAGUGAUGGGAUUCGUGGGAUUCUUUGUGAAGCUCAUCUUUAUUCCUAUCAACAACAUCAUCGUCGGUGCUACUUAAGAUCCAGGGAGAGGAUGGAGAAGGGUAGUAGUUAAAAGCUUUUGUUGUUUCAAGAAGACAUUCACUUCUUCUUUUUUUUUUUUGGGUUCAGAUGCUCGAAAGAAAGAGUAAAACUUUUGUUACAAAUUGCAGAAUUCUGUUUAAUAUAUGUCACUGUUUUUAUUUUUA